CAUGGAUGGCUAUCAGUCACUGCGCACGAGUAUAUUCCAGAAUCCACCACGACAAAAUCCAAAGAAAUUGCAAUAAGAACCAAACCAAAACCAUCUGGGUUUGCUUUGAGUUUGACUCGCCGGUAGCCCCCAAAAUUUCCAUCUCAUCUUCCCCUCCUGUCAAUUCAAUUCCUCCCAGUCAUUAUUGUCUCGUCGAGCUGUUCACAACUCAGCAGGGCAACAAACUAAACCAGUUGUGGGUUUUCCUCAAUUUCUCUGAUCAAAACAGCAAACCGGUACUCGGGUUCUGAUUUUUCUUUCUUUUGGAUUGUUGGAACCAUUUGUUGUUUUAGGACAAACCUUCGUGGUAGACAGCCCAGAUCGUUUCUGAAUGUGGUAGUGCAGUUCAUACAAUCGCCCUGUUCUUUCUCGUGAUCUUGCAGUUGUUGUUUUAUUUUACACCCAAUUUUGACGUUUUGACCUGAUAUUCUCUCCUACGCCAGUCAUUUGUUGUGAAUUUAUUUAUAUACUGUAACAUUGAAUUGAUUAUACAAUUGUAAUUAGUUGGAUUAUUCGUCUAGUUCUUUUGCCAGUUGGGUUUUAGUAUUAUUCUUCAAACCCUACUCAAGAAACAUAUUUCCUGCUACUUGAAGUUACUGUAUUUUCCCCACCCAUCUGGAAUUUCAAGUACCAUUUGGUAUAUCACCAUUAUAUAUUGUUUCUUCUCUUGAAACUACUGUAUUUAGUGGAAAAUAUUUUUGCUUAAAAUCCCGCCAUUGUGUUUUUAUUAAUUUGCUCAGAUCUUAGGCAACAAUGUCAAUCAUAUGUGGUCUCCCUCUCCUCGAGUGUGUUUACUGUCUUGCUUGUGCCCGUUGGGCGUGGAAACGCUGCCUCCUCACGGCAGGCCAUGACAGUGAGAACUGGGGCCUUGCAACUCCUGAUGAAUUUAAGCCUGUCCCGAGGCUUUGCAAAUAUAUACUGGCUGUUUAUGAAGAUGACCUUAGGCACCCCCUUUGGGAGCCUGAAGGAGGCUAUGGAAUUAACCCAGACCCAGAUUGGUUAAUUUUGAAAAGGACUUAUGAAGAUACCCAAGGACGUGCCCCUCCUUACUUGCUAUAUCUUGAUCACGGCCAUGCCGAUAUAGUUCUUACCAUUAGGGGCCUUAAUUUGGCCAAGGAGAGUGAUUAUGCUGUUCUACUGGAUAACAGGCUGGGCAAAAGGAAAUUUGAUGGGGGUUAUGUACACAAUGGUUUAUUAAAAGCAGCUGAAUGGGUUUUGGAUAAGGAAUGUGACACACUGAAGGAAUUAAUGGGGAAGUAUCCAAAAUAUACUUUAACUUUUGCGGGGCAUUCACUUGGCUCAGGUGUGGCAGCAUUAUUGACAAUGGCGGUGCUAAAUUAUGGUAGACUGGGAACUAUUGAUAGGAGGAGGGUCAGGUGUUAUGCUAUUGCACCAACCAGAUGUAUGUCACUGAAUUUGGCAGUGAGGUAUGCCGAUGUCAUCAACUCGGUUGUGCUUCAGGAUGACUUCUUGCCUCGGACAGCCACUCCCUUGGAAGACAUUUUUAAGUCGCUAUUCUGCUUGCCUUGCUUGUUGUGCCUGCGGUGCAUGAGAGACACAUGCGUUUCAGAAGAAAAGAUGAUCAGAGAUCCAAGGAGGCUAUAUGCACCUGGUCGCCUCUAUCACAUUGUUGAGAGAAAACCUUUCAGAUGUGGAAGGUUCCCUCCAGUUGUGAGGACAGCAGUACCAGUGGAUGGGAGAUUUGAGCACAUAGUUCUCUCAUGUAAUGCCACUUCCGACCAUGCCAUCAUUUGGAUAGAGAGAGAAGCCCAAAGGGCUCUGAAUUUAAUGCUAGAGAAGGAUCCCAGCAUGGAGAUUCCACCGAAGCAAAAGAUGGAGCGGCAGCAAACUUUAGCCAAAGAACACAGCGAAGAGUACAGGGCCGCACUACAGAGAGCCGUUACAUUGGCUGUGCCUCAUGCAUUUUCACCCUCUCAAUAUGGCACGUUCGAUGAUGCUGAGGAAGGGGAACAUUCGGACAAGUCAAGUUCAUCAGGAUCAUCGAAGAGAAGCUCCAAAAGAGAAACCUGGGAUGAACUGUUCGAGCGCCAUUUCGACAAGGAUGAAUCAGGCCAUAUGUUGCUGAGGAAAUCUACCAGUGCGGACUGAUGUCGCCUGUAGAGGGUACAUUUUAUGAGGAAGUGUGAUGAACGCCAUUUGUUGAUUUCUUCGUUGUUCACCAUUUUCUUCCCCUUCUCCAGUUGGAUUAAGUUAUGUUUUGUAUGAUGUCAAAUACAGCUCAAGCCCUAUAGAGAGAGAUAUGUGACUUCCGAGUUAAUAAGAUGUAGCAAAAUUUUAGACAAAGAUGUUGGGAAUUUUAGCAAUGCCAUUAAAAAGGCAAUCAUGACAUGAA